AUGGCGCCGGGAGCCCUCAUUGACGAGCCCGUUCAGCCUGCCCAGGGCCCCUGGAAGGGUAAGAACAACGACGCUCCCAGAAAUAUCUUCCCCGAUGGCAUCCGCACUUCGGGCCAGCACAACCCCAUCUACGAGGCAUUGAGGCCGUAUGAGGACUUCCCCAAGGAGAUCUCAGGCCCGACCGUCUGGCACAAGGAGGAGUUUGAACAGCACCCCGAGAAGUGGACGCACCGCUUCACACCUGAAGAGGUUGAGGAGCUCGGCCGCACAUCCGACGCUUUCAUCGCCAGCAACACCCCCUUGACGGGUAUCUCCAAGGACAACUUCCCCCUCCCCACACUGGGCAAGCGCCUCGUCGACCUCCGUGGGGACCUCAUCAACGGCAAGGGCUUCAUCCUCUUCAAGGGCUUCCCCGCGCAGGAAUGGGGACCCCACAAGACGGCCGUCGGCUACAUGGGCCUCGGCACGUAUCUGGGCUACUUUGUCUCGCAGAACGGGCGCGGCCACGUGCUGGGCCACGUCAAGGACGUGGGCGACGACCCGACGCAGAUUGACAAGGUGCGCAUCUACCGCACGACGGCGCGCCAGUUCUUCCACGCCGACGACGGCGACCUCGUCGGCCUGCUCUGCGUCCACCGCGCGGCCGAGGGCGGCGAGAGCGACCUCGUCAGCAUCCACGCCGUCUGGAACGAGCUGCAGCGGUCCCACCCGGACGUUGCCGAGACCCUGACGAAGCCCAUCUGGUACUUUGACCGCAAGGGCGAGGUGUCGGAGGGCCAGGAGGAGUGGACCCGCCAGCCCGUCUUUUAUAUUGAAAACGGCGGCAAGCAGAGAGUGUACUGCAAGUGGGAUCCGUACUACGUGCGCUCCCUGACGCGCUUCUCGGACAAGGGCGUCAUCCCGCCGCUGAGCGAGGAGCAGCUGCACGCGCUCAAGACGCUCGAGGACACGUGCCAGAAGCUGGCGCUGCACAUGAUCCUGGAGGUCGGCGACAUCCAGUUCCUGAGCAAUGCGCACUUGCUGCAUGCCAGGACUGCGUACAAGGACUACCCUCCCCCGGCGCCUCGCCGUCACCUCCUCCGCCUCUGGCUGUCGACGCCCGAGACUGAGGGCGGAUGGGCGCUGCCGUUCCCCGACAGCAAGGAGCUGAAGCGUGGCGGUAUCCAGGUCAACAACAACCCUCCCCGCGCGCCAUUGGAUGCCGAGUAG